CCCACUUCACUCAAUAAGCUACAACACCAUCACUUUAUUUUUUCCAUCCAGCACUUAGUUUCGAUCAAUCUUUUGUUCGGUCAAGUAUAUUGCCGCUUUUGCCGGUGACGACUGACCACUCUGAACACUGACGAGUAACAUCCUCCGUAUUUGUAUCAUGUCCAUGAAUUGGACAAUUGUGCUGCUCCUUGCCUCGGCAACAACAACAUGUGCGUUUCUCUCGCUUGGAUAUUCCUCAUCCUCAUCCUUGCCGGCGGACGACAUGAAUAACAAUAUUUUGCGAACGUACCGUCGCUGCAUGUGGGAGCAAUCAAAAUUCCUGCCUCGGCGCUUAGUUCUGCUAUCCUUGUGCUCAAAUUUGUUCUGUGAAAACAGUCAACUGGUUCCACGAUUAAGGUCUAUUUUUGUAGUGGAAAAUGUAGCUAGACACAAUGAUUGCCUAGACAUGCUGCCGGACCAAUGUAUCCAGGGCGAUGAGGACGAUCUGAUGUACAAGCCGUUUCCGGAUUGCUGUCCUGUGUACUGUAAUCUGAAGAGAAGAUUGAACCGUUUAAAAUCAAUGCUCUUUCGACAUCGGGUAUUGAAUACACCUUCGCAAAGUGUUGUUUUGAAUGAAUUAACUUGAAAUAUUUUAUAUUUAACAAACAAAUAAGAAUAUAAACAAAACACAUUUUUGUAUACAAGAAGUGAUUUAAAAAAUAGGGAUAUUUUUU